GUUUGGGCUUUGCCUCCAUGGUCAUCGUCUUCUUCUGCAACACCUACUACAUCAUGGUCCUGGCCUGGGCCUUCUACUACCUGAUCAAAUCGUUUGGCUCCACCCUGCCGUGGUCCGACUGCGACAACGAGUGGAACACGCCCACCUGCCUGGAGAUCUUCCACCAUCAGGACUGCAAGAACACCAGCAUGGCCAACGCUACGGUGGGCGGGGCCAACAUGACCUGUGCUGACCUGUCUGAGGCCCGCUCACCUAUCAUCGAGUUCUGGGAGUCCAGGUCUGGCCUUCAUUGCGUACCCGAAGGCGGUCAGUCUGAUGCCGGUGGCUCCGCUCUGGGCAGCGCUCUUCUUCUUCAUGCUGCUGCUCCUCGGACUGGACAGUCAGUUUGUUGGGGUGGAGGGCUUUGUGACCGGGAUCCUGGACCUGUUUCCUGGGAAAUACUACCAUCGUUACAAACGUGAGAUAGCCGUGGCGAUCUGCUGUUUGCUGUGCUUCAUCAUCGACCUGUCCAUGGUGACACAGGGAGGGAUGUACGUCUUCCAGCUGUUUGACUACUACUCUGCCAGCGGCAUGACGCUGCUCUGGCAGGCCUUCUGGGAGUGCAUCGUGGUCGCCUGGGUCUACGGUGCUGACCGUUUCAUGGAUGACAUCGCCCGUAUGAUUGGUUACCGGCCAUUCCCCUGGAUGAAGUGGUGCUGGUCCUUCAUAACUCCAUGUGUCUGCAUAGGUAUCUUCCUGUUCCACCUGGUCAACUACAAACCUCUGACCUACAACAACGACUAUGUGUACCCAUGGUGGGGCGAGGUGAUCGGYUGGUGCCUAGCUCUGUCCUCCAUGCUCUGCAUCCCCGUCAGUGUGCUCUACAAACUCUUCAGGGCUAAAGGCACCUUCAGAGAGCGUUGGGCCCACCUGACCAGUCCAGUGUGGGGGGCCCAUCACCUGGAGUACAUGGCCCCUGACGUCAAGUCUCUGAGCUCUCUGUCGCCCAGCAUCGAAGACAACAAGGUCAUCAUCUUCGAGAGCGUCAUGUAAGCUGGACUUGGCCCCUCCCACCUGAGAACCCAGUCAGCGACAGGGUUCUAGGCAGACCGACUGACUGAUCCUGCUGCUGCUGAACCAACUGGACCUGGACUCUGUCAGAACCUCCUGGUCCCACUCCUGCAGGUCCAGCAGCACCAGGCUCUUCUUGUCCAGAGAAACCAAAAUGUUUAUUAUUUAAACCUUCAUUCAUCUCAUUCAGACUUUAAACAAAACUCCAGACGGUCCCUGAACUCACCACGCUGAUAGGAAGUCCAGCUGACGUGGGUCGGAACACGGUACCGAACACUUUGGUUGUUUUUGAUGAAACCCGUGAGAGCUGGUUCCUGAGCAGCCCUGUGGUUCUGUCUGACCCCUGACCCCAUCUCAGGUGUGUGGGCGGGGUCAGGACUCAGGCUGCCUCCUGGCGGACCCCUCGGGUCGACUCAAGUGCCAAAGAGUUGAUGCUCGCCCUGCCGGGCCGAUCCCAGAACCGAUCCGGGCCGCCAAAACCAACAGCUCCAUUUUCUGCCUCGACGACGCUGCGGUCCACGGACCGAACCUUAGCCCCCCGCGACCCCACCUGACCCAACCCGACCCCUGACAGCAGCUGGUUUGGUUCUGAUCCAGUCUGUCUCUGUUUUAUUUGGCUUUGAAAGAAAAACAAAGGAUUUUAAAGAGUUUCAGUCACAAACGGUUCGAUCUGAAGACUGGCUCAGGUUUCCUUCAGUAGUUUGGGUCCAGAUGUUUCAGGGAGCGGGUCAGCCGGGGGUCCGAUCAGAAUCGGAGGUCUCACGGUGCCGCCGAGCGUUGCCUUACAUCUUUGUCUUAAGUCCAGAACCCAAACGGUCCACAAGCCAAACCCUGGAGCCCUCCAGGACCCGCCCGGCGCUCGGCUCUGGUUUACAACCCGUCCAAUCAGCAGUCGGCAGGGGGGCGUGUCUACAACUCUGUCUCCUAGCAACCGUUAAACACUUGUCCAACGUGGGGACUCGUAGAGAAACCAGGUCCAUUUGCACAUCGCUGUCUCUCGCACUUUCAGACCAAUCAUGAUGGAAAUCAGUUUUUGUUUCAGAUUGUAAAAAAGAAUCAGAAGUUUAUUUUCUGGAGGCUUUUAUUUUGUUAAAACAUAACAGAUAAAUUUAUAGAAUCUAUUUGAGGAACUAUAUUUGAUGCAGUGUGUGACGGAAACAAAGGGUUUUAGGCUGAUUGUUGACRUUGAGCUGAAGAACACCAGCAAAGAGCCCAAAGCUUCAGGCUACCUCACUUCCUGUUCAGAUUUUCAAAAUAAACAUCUCUCAGCUGUAUAUGCAAACGCUGGUGGCAGCAAGCUGUGAGGGAUUGUGGGAAAUAUUUCUCAGCACAUCAGCUGGUGUCUGAUUGGCUAACGGCAACAAGCAGCAAGGGGCGGGGCUUUUAUUCUGAAAGGUUACUGCGAUGCAGUGUUAAAACUGGAGAGCUUCUGGACUCACCGUGAAAGGGAUUUUAUUUUCCUGUUCAAAGUGCUAAAGUGUUUUAGCUUCAGAUGAUUUUAGCUUUUUACUGUUUUCUGUUUAUUAAUGUGUGUUUUUCCCCUCAGACCUCCAACAUAACAUCAUGUUUAAACAUCUUGAUCGUUUUCAGCCAAUCAGAGCUUCUGUUGAAGAUGACAUCAUCAUCAGCAAAGAUUCCAAAUGUAAUCAGAUGUUUUAUAAUGACUUGUACUCGCAGAUUCUUUGGAUUUAAAUCAGAAUAAAUGAGCAGAAAUCUGCAGCUCAUGUUAACGAGCUGAAAGUUUUCUGAACAUUUCAGGUUUUUAAUAAAAAUCACUGAUUAAAUGUGAAGAAAUCAGAGCUUCAGGAGGGAUAAAAACAUCUUUAGUCUUUAAAAAAACAAGCUGGAAAAAUCAAACAUUUUAAAUCAUAAGAACUUUUAACUUCAUGCUAGUAAUAAAUAACUUAAAAAUGAAUCAUUACCUCUGCAGAAAUAUUUACUAAAACUGCUAUUUUAACUGUAAAGAUGAAAGUUUUUAUAUUAUUUUGGUGUUUAUGUGGAGUCGGAGGGGAAACUUCAAUCAUCAAACACUGAUGUUGAAGCAAACAGCUGCUGUAAGACUAACGGUCAACACUGGAAACACGACACUUUACUGAUUUUACUUCACAGUGGAUCAAAUGUUCUGAAAAUCAAACAACAAAGUUUCAUUUGAUUUUUAUAAAUGUUAAAACUUUUUAUUUCCAAACUUCACAUUAAAAACUAAAGUAAUUAAUAAUAACAGUAUUAAUAUCAGUAAAGAACCAGUCUGUCUCCAGCACCGACCAAUCAUCUCACAGUUUACAUGAUGAUGUCAUGAUGUGACGGUGACAUCACAGUGAUGUCAUGUUGACGUGAUGGUGAUGUCACAGCAGGGUUUAAAGAAUUUUAGUUUUACAUGUUGGAACUUCCUGUUUACAGGAAAUUUACUGGGUGGAAAACGUGAAACUAACGUGAAACAGCAGGGGGCGCUCUGCUCCGACAGGAACCUUCUAACGUUGGGCUGGAAACACGAAUCACAAAGGGUUAACGUUAGCUAACUAAUCGAUCAAAAACUGUUUGUUUACAUUUUUAGCACUAAAUGUUUUUUCUAUUUAUAGUUUUAGUUUUAUUGUACUUUUUUGUCUGGUUUACAGUUUGUUGAUUUAUGUUUCUAGAAAAACUCUUCACUAAAAAUUUAACACUAACCAACGAGCUAAUUAACAAGCUAACUAACGUGUUAGCAUCAUUUAUCUGGCUCUGAACACGCUCCAGUAUUAAUCAAACCUCGGACUGAAGUCAGUUUUAUGUUUUGUUCUAGUUUCUCUUGGUUCCAGUUGUCGAGAUAAAAAAAGACUAAAUUUUCACAAAGUUUAGUUUGAAGUUUAUUUACUAUAAACUUUCUAUAAACUGAAGCUAAUUUACAAACUUUCUAUGUCAAAGGUCACAGACAGAUGGUUGGUUUUGCUGCCGUCGAGUGACCAAUGAUUUAACAACUUCCUGUUAGCCGUUAGCUUCAUGACUUCCAGCAAAGAAAAUAAAAUUAAAAAUAACAUUUAAUGUCUUAAAUUUGUCUAAAAAUCUGCUUUAUUUUUUAAAUAAUCCACUUAAACUUCCUGUUGAACUCCAAACACUAAAUGAUUUAAUGAAACUUUCAGAAUGUUUCCUGUUUUUUGUCGAACAUUUCUACAAAUCAGAUAAAAAAAGCUUCUUGUUUCCGAAAUACAAAAAGUUUUGAACUUGAUUCAUUGAAUAAACCGUUUCUGUGGAGAAGCAGCUGAUGAUGGUUAAUUUAAUUCAGCUUUAAUUCAACAGAGAUGCUGAAGAAAAACAGUAAAAAAGAAUCAGAUCGUCAGGAUGUUUCAGGAAACAAAAGCAGCUAAAACGGUUUCAGCUGCCAGAAACAAAAAUCUGAUCCAAGCUACAAAGAAACUCGAGCUUUUAGAGAAGCAUCUGCAGAAACAUCUGAUCCGACAGCUUUUAUUUUGUAAGGUUUGUUUCCUGUCAGGUCUCAGCACACAGCUAAAAUGGACACAUUUAUUUUUAGCUGUGGGUUCAUGUUUCCAGCCCAAACGCAGCCGAGGGGCUUCAGUCCUCCCAACCGUUGACAUUUUGUUGUCUGUGUAAAAACACCGUCUUCCAUCCAGAACUUUAGCUGAUAAAGUAGCUAAAUAAAAUAACGUGUAGCUGUGAUAGUGCUGAAACUUGAGUUCUACGUUAACGAGCCACCAGCCAAAACUAAGUUCGUUAACUCUGAACCCAUCUGUGUCGACCCAUCGACCCCCGGGGGUCUCCAUGCUGUACGUCUCUGUGAUCACAACUAAAACAAGCAAUAAAUGAAAAUAUUAACAGCC